GGAGGGGGUGUCGGAAUCACAGAUGGAGGCGGUCCCAGAAAGACGCGCACACAAAAAGGGCCCCGCCGGUUCAUGUGAGGAUAGAGACCGUCCCGAGCUGAACUCGACGUUACAAAUAGGAGCUGCGCUUUUCCAAGUGGAGCAGAGUGGAGGUGAUGAUCGUAAUAUGAAGUAACAGCGCCGAGGGGAUCCGCAGUGUUUAAGAGAGAGAGAGACAGAGAGAGGGAGACUUCUUCCUCGGACCCGACGGAGAGACGUUGCGCACCGGCGGAGAAAAACUGAUCCUUCUACAGGUGGCACUGUUGCUGCAUCCUCAGAGCGCAGCGAGCACUCGGUGGUUCACUCACUACCCUCUCCCUACCUGAGAGGCAUGAUGAUGUAUGAGGAAGAGUCCCAGCAGGUGAUGGGCCAGCAGGAUGUGGCUGUUCUCCAGACUCUUGAGUCGCCCGGGAAUCCCAGUGGCGGAGGAGGAGAAGGAGGAGGAGGGCCUCUGUCCUUCACAGAUGAAACCGUGUCCAUCCUGACCUCCAGCAGCCUGUUGGCGCGCUCCCUUCUGGGUCGCACCUCGGCCGUCAAGCGCAAGGAGAGCCCCUCGUCCAGUGUGCGGCGCAAGCGCGAGUUCAUCCCGGUGGACAAAAAGGACGAGGGCUACUGGGACAAGCGGAGGAAGAACAACGAGGCGGCCAAGCGCUCGCGGGAGAAGCGCCGCGUGAACGACAUGGUCCUGGAGAGCCGCGUCCUGGCUCUGCUGGAGGAGAACGCCCGCCUCCGGGCCGAGCUGUUGGCUCUCAAGUUCCGCUUCGGGCUGGUCAAGGACUCCUCCAGCGCCUCUGUUCUGCCUCUCGCCCCCAACCACGGCGCCCAAACCCUGUCUCCCCACUAUUACCUCCACAGAGGCGACGGAGGCCUCCACACUUCCUCCACCUCCCAUGCCAACAACCAGACCGGGCAGCUGAGCUCCAGGGCCUCCAGGGACGCCGGCAACAUGUCGGAGGACUCUGGGUUCUCCACACCAGACGGGUCCGGCGUGGGCAGUCCGAUCUUCUUUGAAGACCGGCUGAGCGACCACGGGAAAUUAUCCCCGCACAGGGCGGAGGAGCUGGGCUGCGACCUCCAUCACUCCCCCGUUAGUGUCCACCACACCGCAGGAGCCGCCGUGGGAAAGUCAGACUAUGCCGAGGCGAUAUGGAACCUCCCCCACAAGCUGCGUUUCAAGAACCCCGGCUGCGGGGAGGCGUUUGAUGCCGUGGGGGAGAGGCGAAGCCCCGCGCCGUCCGCAGCAGGACGGGAAGCCCCGAGAGAGGCCCCCAAAGGGCCGGGUGUAGGAGAACCGGCAACCACUGGGCACUUCGCCGGCUCCUGGCUCCAGCAGCUGGAGGGCGAGGAGAGCCGAAAGGGGAGGCAGUCCCCCCAGUACGGCGCCUCGGCUGCCGGCCUCCAGGGACCCAACGAGGUCCAGUACAAGCACGAGAACACUCACCUGAAGUCGCAGCUCAACUCUCUGAGCGAGGAGGUGGCGCAGCUGAAGAAGCUUUUCACAGAGCAGCUCAUGGCCAAGGUCAACUGAGGACUGUGUGUGUUUGUGUGUGUGUGUGUGUGUCAGGACCACACUCGGCGUUCACGUGGACUGAUAAAAGAAAAAGCUUGCAAGUCUAACGAACUGCAAGUCUAACGAACUUUUAACAAUGUCUGUUUUUUUGUUUUUAUAUUUCGAAUGCUGUAUUGUGUUGUAAUAAAUGUCUCAACGAAACACUCAGUCAGGGAGUCUUAUCCGUAAAGUUUCUCUCUAUCCGCCCCACACACUGUGACGACCAAAACUGUGCACCAAACUGUUAAUAAACGCGAGCUCCGCCUCCCGUUUAUUGAGUGACAGCGGGCCCGGUCGGAAGUCGGCGAGCAGGUUUUGGUUGCGACAUAUCGCGAUGGAGGAGGUGAUCCCGCCCCUCUGCCCGGAGGCUGCGGACACACGCAGGAAAUUAAACUUGAUGGGAAAUCCUCCAAAGAAAGGUUUCUUUCCUCUGGUUUUUCCUCCUCACUAAACCCUCGAGGCUCAUCACUGGUCACAUGGAGGAUCCCUUCAUGGUCUCCUGCCCGCGGCCCCUGAGUGCAUUUGUUUGACCAUGUUAUCUGUACCCAGGUGAUGGGGAAGAAUUUAAUGUCUGCCGUCUUUCAUGUAUACAUUUUCAUAUUAACAAAAAUAAAAAAAACAUUUGACAAGA